AUGGCCACUAUCAUUGCCGGCAUCACUGCACUCUUCAAUACUCUAAAGGAUUGCUGCUUCCAAUCUUCCAAUUACAUCGUCUCAUUCGAGGGAAUCAUCUCCUCCUUGGCCGUAGAGCUUGUCCAACUAAAGAACAAAAGCGAGGAUAUCAAUAGGCAAAUCGAGGCAGCCAAAAGGGAUGAGCUCAAUCCAAAGCAAGAAGUCCUCGGCUGGCUUAAAUCCGUCGAAGACUUCACUUCCGAGGCUGAAAACAUAAACACUGCAUACCGCCGGAUGUUUAAGUGUCUCUGCAACUUUCCGGUCAAUCUGUGCUCCAGCUACCCCCUCAGAAACAGAGCUGAGGCAGCGCUCACGGUGGCGGCAGAUUUAAAAAGGAAGGCCGGAGAGUUCGCCGACGUGGCUGAUGACCUGGAAGUCGAUCGUCUUUUCAAGAUGCCGAAUCCUCAAACUGUUGGCAUGGAUACGGCAGUAGAGGCCCUGCUAGGCCAUGCAAGGGAUGACGACGUCAGCAUCAUUGGGAUCCACGGCAUGGGAGCCGUUGGCAAGACGACCCUUCUGAUAAGAUUCAACAAUGAUUUCGCAGAGAAGGAACUGAACAAUCUGGAUGUAGUCAUCUACGUCGACUUACCGACGGAGUACAAUGCGGAGGAGCUCCAGAAGUCCCUAUUCGAUCGAUUGAAACUCACAUGGAAAGACGAGGAGCCGCAGAGGAACAGAGCCGGCCGCCUUUUCCGCGUGUUGAGCAAGAUGAGAUUUUUACUGUUGCUGGAUAACGUAUGGGAGCCCUUGAACUGCCAGAUCUUGGGAAUUCCACUUCCCCAGCCGCCGUGCAAGAGCAAAAUCGUGUUCGCCACCCGCAUGGAGGAGGUCUGCAGCCGCAUGGGCGCAGAGAAGACGAUCAAACUGGAAUGCUUACCGGAGGAGGCGGCUUGGGAUCUCUUCAGAUUCAAUGCAAAACUGGAUCUUGCUGGCACCGACCGAAGGAUACUGGACUUGGCUAGAAUUUUGGUCCGACAGUGCGCCGGCUUGCCAGCGGCGCUCAUCACCAUGGCGCAAACAAUGGCGACCAAAAGGAAGAUCGAAGAGUGGAGGCAUGUUCUUAUCACCAUGGAGGAGGCUCCGUUCCAGCUUCCAAGAAUGGAGGAGAAUGUCUAUCAUCCUCUCAAACUCUCCUACGACCAUCUGAACGACACAUUGCUAACGUGUGCGUCCUACUUCGCUCUGGUGCCGGAAGGAUACCGGCUGAGCAAAUACCAGGUUAAUUGGCUCUGGAUCGGCGAAGGUUUCAUCAACGACUCUGAGACCUGGUUGGAAAGUGUAGACAAAGCUUCAUAUCUGCUCGGAAUGCUACUCGCAGCGUCUCUGAUACAAAGAAUCGACGACGAGUUCUUCAAAAUGCACCCUAUGGUUCGCUCCAUGAUACUGGGGAUGCAAUGCGAUUGCGGGAAGAAGGAGAGCAAAUGGCUGAUAAGAGCUGGACAUGGUCUUGAAGAAGCACCUGGAGCGGAGAAGUGGAGAAUCUCCGAGAGGAUAUCUUUGGGCUGGAACAACAUAGCUCUUCUUCCCGACGAGCCUCAGUGCCCUGACUUGAUCUACUUGCUUCUCCAAAACAAUCAUCCUCUCAAGAACAUACCCGAUGAGUUUUUCUCCCACAUGCCUCGUCUCAAAGUCCUGGAUCUUCAGAAUUCUUCCAUAAAAGAGCUUCCACCAGGGAUUGGCAAUCUUUCCCAGCUCCGAUUGCUUGAUUUAUCCAGCACUAGGAUUGCAUCUCUGCCGAGGGAGAUUCAAGCUCUGGUGAAUCUCAGAGUUUUGAGGAUGACAUCAACUACACAUUUGAGAAGUAUUCCUGGCGAUGCCAUUCCUUGUCUUCACCAACUGCAAUGGCUGGAUAUGUUUAACAGUUACAGUGGGUGGAGGGUGGUCGGAGACCAGCAAUUGGAUGGAGAGGGGAUACUUCUUGACGAGGUAGAAAGCUUGAAGAAAUUGAAGAAAUUGAAGGUUCUUAACAUCACCAUGAGCUCAGUAGCUGCUCUUCGAAGACUCUGCGAGUCGCAAAGGCUUGCAGCCGCUGUGUAUUGUCUCCAGAUUGAAGGUUGCGGAGGCUUGGCGAGUCUCGACAUUCCAUCUACUUUUUGUCUUGGAGAAAACAUACACAAUGUCGCUUUGAUCCGACUCCAUGAUCUUGAAGAGGUAAUCAUUGGUGGUGAUCUUCAAGUUCUCAAUGCUCUGUCGUGCCUUGAAUAUCUUCGUCUCUUGGCUCUCCCAAAAGCUAAGAUUAUCUGGAAGAACAGGUGUUUAGAGAAUCUACUUGAGCUGGAAAUUGAAGAUUGCAAUGCAAUUGAUCGGCUAAUGAAGGUGGUAAACAAUGCAACUAAUUCUACAGAGACUAUUACAAUCUUCCCUAGACUAAGAAAAAUUGUGCUUCGAAAGCUACCGGAGUUGGAGAAUUUGAGUGACGGAGAUCAAGUAAUAGCAUUUCCUUCCCUGAAGACGAUGGAAGUGAGGAAUUGUCCCAAGCUAAAGAAGCUGACAUUGGCUGCUGAAAACUUGACAGAGAUCAAAUGUGACAGAGAAUGGCAGGAUGAGCUAGAUUGGUCGGAUGAAAGAACAUUGUCCUUCCAGGAACUCUUCAAGCAAGCGGAUUGA